AUAUCGCCGCAAGACAUGCAGAUACUGCAGUUAAACUGAAAGAGAAGAAGAAAAAGAGUAGGAAGAAGAAGAAGGAAGAAAGGUUAACAUUAGAGACAGUUAUAAAGGUGACUGUGGUUGUAUGUAGAACCUCUGGAGAGCCAGGAUGCCCCUGGAGGUCCGAUGGCCGUUCCCACAAUGCCCUGCGCUGGCGUGGCGGGUCUCCAGCUCCUUCAUCAUGGGCAUGGUGGGAACGUAUUCCUUCAUCUGGACCAAGUACAUGAACUACCUGACCGUCCACAACCAGGAGGUUCUGCUGGACCUGAUUGACCACCGGCCGUCGGACACGCCCCUCAUCACCUUGUCCAAUCACCAGUCCUGCAUGGACGACCCGCACAUCUGGGGUGUGCUGAAGCUGCGGCAGCUGUGGAGCUACAGGAAGAUGCGAUGGACGCCGACAGCGUCUGACAUCUGCUUCACCAGAGAGCUGCACUCCGGGUUCUUCAGCCGAGGAAAGUGUGUUCCUGUCUGCAGAGGCGACGGCGUUUACCAGAAGGGCAUGGACUUUGUCCUGGAGAAACUCAACAAGGGAGAAUGGGUCCACAUUUUCCCUGAAGGAAAAAUCAACAUGACGGAGGAAUUUAUCCGCCUGAAAUGGGGUGUAGGUCGGCUGAUAGCAGAGUGCUCUCUGAAUCCCAUCAUCCUGCCGCUGUGGCAUGUAGGUCUGACCGACGUCCUGCCAAACGAGUCGCCCUACAUUCCUCGGUCCGGGAAAAGGAUCACGGUCCUGGUGGGAAAACCUUUCAGCGUCAGAGAGCUGGUUGAUUCCCUCCGAGCUGAARACARGAGCCAGAUGGAAAUGAGGAAGACGUUGACCGAUUUCAUCCAGACGGAGUUCAGGAACCUGAAAGCUCAGGCGGAAGGUCUCCACAGACAGAUAGAAACCAGAUCCUGAGGCUCGAUUUCCCUCCGGACAGCGAGCAGGACGGACGGAGCAACGGAUGCAGCGUUAGCCUGGUCCGAUGCUAACACGGUUUGGACUCUGGCUCGGGUCGCUAACCUCCUGCUCUGACAACAUGCUGGAUUUCUCAGUUAAUUAUGAAGAAAACGACGAUCAUCGGUGAUCGUUUUCUGUACUUUUGAAGAAACAGAAUCUCCAGCUGUUAAAUAAAAAGCAUGUUUUAAAUUGAAUUAGCGAACAGCAGCUGUGACGCAGGUUGAUGACUGAUUGUUUUCAAUGUAUGUUGACCCAGAAAUGGUUUCUGCUGUGGAUUUUGAAUAAUUUCUGCUCCCAGUUUUCAGAUCAAAUCCAACCUGUGCCUCUGUUCCCGUCACUUCUUUUUACAUUUGUGUUGUCCCUCAUUUUUAAUUCUUACAUUUAAUUUAAAAUAAUUUCUGCUUUGAUUUCGCUGCGUCAGACUAGCAGCUUACGAAGGCGGUAAUUAAAAUACAUUUACGAUCUUUCUUCACCGUUUUCUUCGUGUUUCGAUGUUGGUUCUGAUGAUGCGGUUGGAGAAUUCGACGUUAAGCUGCUCUUAAAGUGACCAGGAAGUGUUGUCCAGUUAAAGCACCUGUGGAUUUACAAACUGGUGUCAGUCCUGAUUCGUUAGCGUGCCAAAGCAUCAGCAGCUAAACGCCCAGUUCUGUUUAUAUCUUCCCAUUUCCAUCAAGUUUUCUCUAAAAGUUGGAGUUUUUCUAACUCUAUUUGCAUCUAACGCUAACAGUUUUUACACGUCUCGACUCACAUCUUUAAGAUUUUACCACAGCAGCUUCCGUUUAGAUUUAAAUGUUUUUUCCUCCAACUACUUUAAUGUUGAUUUAAUCUUUACAUCCACAAUUUAUACAUGAAAAUACUGAGAUUUUUUACUUCUUUCAUCCUGUUUUAUGCCAAAUAAUACAUCACUCUGCAAACCCAUAACUCUACUUUUACUCCUCUUAUAUGUUCAGCCAUUAAUUUUUCAAUCAAAGCUAAAAACGGACGUCUUUAGCCUGUUUUAUCUUUGAUAAGGUAACUUUACCUCCACGUUGUGCCACAUGUCGGUUAGGGAAUCGUCUGCUGGUCUCAGUCUGAGGUCAAAGGUGCUUUAAUCUGUUUUCUGUCCUCUGGUUUCUGAUUCCUCCUCAGUUUUUUGUUUAUCUGUUUGCUGCAGCACCGAUCACUAUCACAGUUCUGGCAGUUCGACACCAAACACUUGAUUUGUGAUAUUCUUGAUGGKUUUUUUUUAUGGCCAUUAUGUGAAGAUUUUGGGAAAGUAUGUUUGAAAAAUGCUGUAUUUUCUGUAGAUCUACUAACUUUUUGAAAUUAUCCCCAGCUUUGAUGCAUAUUUUGUAUAAACAGAGAGUAUUUUAUCCCCAGAUUACUGACUUUUCUAAGGGAAACAAAACAUUGAUUUGCCAUUAUUUUAAGUGAAUCACCUUUCUGUCAUUGUUACUCUUUCCUCCUGUAUGCUUUCAAUAAAGCAUCUGACUUUUAAAGCUGU